CAAAUGCCUUAGGAAUAUUGAUUUGAGUGAAUUUAAUGCAUUUUUUUUUCUGUGUAUUUACAGAUGGGGCGUGAGUGGGUUUGGUUGGAUUCUGAACAAGACUAUCCCAAUGACUCUGAGUUGAGCAACAACUGCAGGUCCCUCUUCAGCUCGUGGGACUCCAGUCUGGAUCUUGAUGUGGGCAGCUGGAGGGAAACUGAGGAGCCAGGGACUGAGGAAUUAGUGGAAAGCAGCCCAGGGACAGAAUCUAGUGAGCUGCUUAUGGGGGACGGAGGCAGUGAGGAAUCUCAGGAAGAGACACAGCAAAUCAGCCACCAGAACCUCCUCCACUUUCUCUCUGAGGUAGCUUAUUUAAUGGAGCCAUUGUGCAUUAGCGGCAAAGAAUCAAGUGAAGGUUGCUGCCCUUCACCUGAUACCAGACAAGAGGAAAGGGAAAUUGAAGCUACUGAAGGAGAUAAGGAACCCUGCAGAGAGCCUGAAGAGCUUUCAGCUAAGGUAGAACCAUUGGUAGCUGAGGAGUCACUGGGAGAAAAUGGAAGGCCAGAGGUGGCUCCAGCUCCCUCAGAUAUUUGUGCAGUUUGGGGACUACCAACAGAGAAUGAAGAGGGAGAGGUUCAGCAAGAAUCCAAAGAAGAGGACCAGGGCGAAGGGUAUGUGUCAGAGAUGGAAGACCGGCCCUCCUCAGGUGAGUGUGAUGAUGGCUCUAGCAUUCAGGAGGCUCCUCUGGUGGAUGUCCUUUUCAGCCAUGCUACUUCCUCAAAUCUGUCUGAUCUAAGCCAGAGUGAUCCUGUUCAGGAUCACUUACUAUUUAAGAAGACUCUCCUGCCAGUAUGGAAGAUGAUUGCCAGUCACAGGUUCAGCAGUCCAUUUCUGAAGCCAGUGUCAGAAAGGCAGGCCCCAGGAUACAAGGAUGUGGUGAAAAGACCCAUGGACUUAACUACCCUGAAAAGGAAUCUGUCUAAGGGACGGAUUCGCACCAUGGCACAAUUCCAGCGAGACUUGAUGCUGAUGUUCCAAAAUGCUGUGAUGUACAAUGACUCUGAUCAUCAUGUGUAUCAUAUGGCUGUGGAGAUGCAGCGAGAAGUCCUGGAGCAGAUUCAGGUGCUGAGUAUUUGGCUAGACAAAAGAAGAAACUUAAAUAGUCUGGAAUGAGAACCAGCCAACCCAGUGCAUGAUGAAAAGCCUGUUUUGUUAACCUGGAGCUGCUACCCUGACCUUUUCUGGAAUUUGGACCUUUCAUUGAGACUGAUCCAGAGAAGAUCCCAGUACUUGUUUACCUUCUCUGUUGUCUUUCAUAAUAAGAAUAAUACCUUAACUCACAACCUAGGAGUCAAAGAUGCCUGUGGACAUAAUUUUAAGAAAAGGGGGGAAACUUAUUUGAUGUAAUAAAUAUCACCCAUAUCUUUGUUCUAUAUCUAUAGGCUUAAUUUAGAGGUAAUUGGAUUAGACCUCUUAUGACUGCUCUAUAAAUAAAUGUUA